ACAACUGUGGAGCCAAUAUUCAUUAUUGUUUGGAAACAACAAACGAACGCCGGCGACUAGAAUCAGUCUUGUUUUAUUAGUGAAAAUACUCUUUAAACCUCCCAGCCAUGUUACCUCAACAGAGUAUUCGUCUAUUACGCCACACAGUAUUGCUUAAAAGAACGUGCCGAGGGUUUUCUUCGCCUUCAGAAACCAUUCGUACGCAGUACAGCAAUGUGGACCAGCGGGAGGUGGACAAUCUUUCCAAACAAUCCACCGAGUGGUGGGAUCCGCAAGGACCGAUCCGCGGGCUACACGCGAUGAACGCCCUGCGUGUUCCGUUGAUUCGCGAUGGAUUAAUCACGACCGGUGCUGUUGAGAAAGCGCUUGUCCGCAAACCGGACGUUCUCGCCAAUUUAAACAUUCUCGAGGUGGGCUGUGGUGGAGGAAUCCUGACCGAAGCGCUUGCCAAACUGAACUCGAAGGUAGUCGGUAUCGAUCCCAGCGAAAAGCUGAUUAACGUGGCAAAGCAACAUGCCAAAGACGACAAAUCGCUCGACCCGGAACAAAUCCAGUAUCAUGUGGAAACCAUCGAACAACAUGCGGCGAAGAAUGCUGAACGAUAUGAUGCUGUGGUAGCUUCCGAGGUAUUGGAACACGUAAACGAUAAGGUUGCGUUUAUCGAACAGUGUCUAGCAGCUCUAAAACCAGGAGGAUCCAUGUUUAUUACCACGAUCAACAAAACGACCCCUUCGUGGCUGGGUGCCAUAGUUGGUGCCGAACAAGUUUUCAAACUAGUCCCCGAAGGAACGCACGAUUGGGAUAAGUUCGUUUCGCCACUCGAUGUGCAGCGAAUUCUCUCCAGUUACAACUGCAACACUAUUCUGGUUCACGGAAUGUUUUAUCAGUUUUGGUCCAAUCAGUGGUGCUGGACGAAGAACACUGAGAUAAAUUAUGCACUGCAUGCAGUUAAAAUGCGGGAAGAGUAAGUGUUGUAAGACGGAGAUUAAAAUAAAUUUUAACGCACCUUAUUAUUGUAGAAACUACCCGAGCAUCAAAAAUAAAGGAAUUAAUUUAUUAUAUCGCUUAA